UAAGAGAUGCUAAAAACCUAGUUCCUAUGGAUCCUAAUGGCCUGUCAGAUCCCUACGUGAAGCUUAAACUAAUCCCUGACCCCAAAAACGAAAGCAAACAGAAGACCAAAACUAUCAAGUGCUCCCUGAAUCCGGAGUGGAACGAAACAUUUAAAUUCCAACUGAAAGAGGCAGACAAAGACAGGCGGUUGUCUGUGGAAAAAAAAACCAGCAGGGAUGAUUUUAUGGGCUCCUUGUCCUUCGGGAUUUCUGAGCUGCAGAAGUCGGGAGUCGAUGGAUGGUUUAAGCUGCUGAGCCAGGAGGAAGGGGAGUAUUUCAACGUCCCGGUGCCUCCUGAGGGAGAAGAAGGAAAUGAGGAACUGAGGCAGAAGUUUGAGAGAGCCAAGAUUGGAACAGGGUCCAAGGCUGCGGAUGAGAAGACAACAAAUGCCAUUUCUAAAUUCGACAACAACGGGAGCAGAGAUCGGAUGAAACUUUCGGAUUUCAAUUUCCUGAUGGUGCUGGGAAAAGGAAGCUUUGGGAAG